GCCAAAUUUGAAUGAUCAACGAUAGAUGUCGGCAAUCGGCUUAUUUUUCUUGUAAGUUGUUAAAAACUAACAAUUUGAGUUACGCUAUCAGUUUUUGGAGAAAACUGAAAUUGUUUAUUAGCAAUGACUGAUUUGCCUUAUCAAGCCGAAUAUGCAAAGUCAGGGAGAGCAAGCUGUAAAGCAUGUAAACAAAAAAUUGAUCAAGGAACCUUACGAAUAGCAAUAAUGGUGCAGUCAGCUUUCCAUGAUGGAAAACAACCAAAUUGGCAUCAUGAAGAAUGUUUCUUUAAGAAGAAAUCACCUGGGAGUAUUGUUGAAAUUGCUAAUUUCAAUAAGCUGACACAUUCUGAUCAAACCCGAAUAAAAAGUCAGUUAGGAAACCCAUCAGGAAUAAUAAUGCCUGCUGAAAAGGGUAAGAAGGGUAAAGCGGCCAAAAGGGAAAACAGUGAAAAGGCAGCGCUAUCCAAUUAUUCAAUUGAAUAUUCCAAAUCCAGUCGCGCAUCUUGUAAACAUUGUGAUAUUAAAAUUUGUAAGGAUGAAGUACGGGUAUCAAAGCUUGGUUAUGAUCCCAAGUAUGGUGAUCACCCAAUGUGGCAUCAUGUUAAAUGUUUUGCUGAAAAGAAAAACGAGUUUUUGUUCCUAGCUGGUGGAGAGGAUAUUCCGGGCUUUAAAAAUCUUAGCAAAGAAGACCAGAAAAUGGUUAAGGAAACUAUAAAAGCAUCUGCACCUGAUGAUAUACCAGUAAAAAAACUAAAACUAGAACCCAAAGAUGAACUGGAAGAGAAACAAGAAAAAGACCUGCAAAAAAAAAUUGAGAAGCAAAACAAAACAUUUCACAAAUUUCGGAAAGGUUUCAGUGAUAUUUCCACACAAAUUAUUAAAGACCUCCUUGAAGAAAAUUUGCAAGAAGUUUUUACGGGGCGAGAUGAGUGUUUGGACCAUUUAGCUGAUAUAUUAACAUUUGGUGCUCCUGAAACCUGUCCUGAAUGCAAGAAUGGCCAGUUGGUUUUAGAUACAUUUUCAUACAAGUGUACUGGUGACUUGAGUGAAUGGUCAAAAUGUAGGUACACAACAAAAACUCCUAAACGCAAGCCAGUGAAAAUCCCAAAGGCAUGUAAGGAAAUUCCGGUUUUAAAAAGUUACAAAGUCAAAUGCAGCGAUCGAGUGUUCGAAAGUGAACCCCCACCCACCUUGGUUGUGGUGAAAAAAGAGGAAUCCCAGAGUUCUCAGUCACAACUCCCUGUGCCUCCGUUGAAAAAUCUGCAAUUCUUCAUAUACGGUAAAUUAAAAGCUCCAAAAGAGGAGGUAAAGAACCGCAUCUUAAGACUGGGCGGCCUCGUCGUAAGCAAGCCGACAGACACUAUGGCCGCCGUCGUGAGCACCAAGCACGACCUGGAGAAGAUGGCCAACAGGAUGCAAGAAAUACAGGAAAUAGAUGUGGAGGUUGUAGAGGAGUCGUUCUUGGAUUUAAUUGAUCCUAAAGACGGCAGUGUUGCAAAAACCCUUGAACUUAUAAAAGAAAAUAACAUAGCUGAUUGGGGAUCAGACCCAACAAAACGUGUACCGCAAGACGUCAUCGACGGAAAAUCUAUACCAAAAUCUGGUAGCAUGUAUGCAAAAUCCAAAUCUGGCAUUAUGAAACUAAAAAUACAAGGUGGUACGGCAGUGGACCCAGACUCGGGGAUUGCAGACAGCGCCCACGUGUACCAGGCGCCGGAUCGCACUAAGUAUACCACGGUUCUCUCCAAAACUGACGUGGUUGCGGGCAAGAAUUCCUACUACAAGCUUCAAGUGCUGAAAUCUAAUAAGCAGAACAAAUUUUGGCUGUUUCGAUCUUGGGGAAGAAUUGGCACACCCAUCGGUGGAAAUAAACUUGAAGAAUGCAAAACGCUGAAUUCGGCUAUCGAGAUGUUUGAAAAUUUAUACAUGGAGCGGACACAAAACCCUUGGGAAAUGAGGGAUGAUUUUGUAAAGAUGCCAGGGUCGUACUAUCCCAUCGACGUGGAUUAUGGCGAGGAACCGACGGCCGCCAUGAAAGUAGAUACAACCUGUAAUCUCGCUAUGCCCAUACAGAAGCUCUUAACGAGAAUCUUUGAUAUUGAUACCAUGAAAAAAACGCUUCUGGAGUUUGAGCUUGAUACUGAAAAGAUGCCUCUAGGAAAACUUUCCAAGAAGCAAAUAAAAUCUGGGUACAAUGUACUAUCGGAAUUACUUAAAUACCUGGAAAAAGGUCAAGCAAAUGAAAAUAAAAUCAUUGACGCCACAAACAGGUUCUACACAUUGGUACCACACAAUUUCGGGCUGGAUAACCCUCCAUUGCUAAAUACGACUGAAAUCAUUAAAAAUAAAACUGAAAUGCUGGAUAACUUGCUGGAAAUUGAAAUAGCUUACAGUCUCCUUAAAACAGAAAAUGAUAAUGAUGAUGUUAGUCCAAUUGAAGCGCACUACCGCAAACUGAAGGCGGAAAUAAGUCCGCUGGACAAAAAGUCCGACGAGUUUGCUAUGAUAGAGGAGUACGUGCGAAACACCCACGCCGCCACGCAUACCACAUACACUCUCAAAGUGCAAGAGGUAUUUAAAGUGGUACGUGAAGGAGAAGAGAAGCGGUUUAAAGCGUUUAAGAAACUUCACAAUAGGAGGCUCUUGUGGCAUGGAUCUAGAGUUACUAAUUUUGCUGGUAUACUCUCGCAAGGUCUAAGAAUUGCCCCACCGGAAGCUCCAGUGACUGGAUACAUGUUCGGUAAAGGCAUUUAUUUUGCGGACAUGGUGUCCAAAUCCGCGAACUAUUGCUGCACUAACAAGAAGGAGAAUGUCGGGUUGUUAUUGUUGAGUGAAGUGGCCCUCGGAAACAUGAAGGAGUGCAGCCAGGCGGAGUACGUGACUAAGCUGCCGAGUGGAAUGCACUCGGUAUGGGGCAAAGGGCGCACGCAGCCCGACCCAACGCAGAGCCGCACAAUUGCGGGCGAUGUGGUCGUGCCGCUCGGCAAGCCCGUCACCGCCCCCGCUAACACUUCGCUGCUGUACAACGAAUUCAUCGUAUACGACGUCGCGCAAGUAAACGUCAAAUAUUUAAUACAGAUGCAGUUCAACUAUACAUACUGAGCAGCUUGGGACACGCCAAGACGUUAAAGCUUUUUUUCCCCCAGUGGAUUUAUGUUGCUUAUUUUCAUAUCAUCAAUUCUAUUAAAAUGAUGAUAAGGUAAUUUUAUUCGAUCUUUAAUUAAUAUUGUUAUUAUAUCUGUUGUUUUAAUUAUUCUGCAUUUUCAUUAUCAUGUUAAGAAUGUUACAAACUGUUAAUGAUUAUA